AUGGCGUGUCUUUUAGAUCUCCCAGGCGAAUUAUCUUUUGAGAUAAUCAAGCUCCUCCAUAUUGGCGACAGAAUCAGUCUAAGUUCAACAUGCAAAUCAUACAGAGUCCAACUAUUGCCAGAAAUUUUUAAAACAAUACGAUUAACUAAUGAUGAGGCAUCGGCAACAUUUGCACUGACUGUCGCUGAGACUUACGGCCAGUACACCAAAACAAUUGAAUUUACAUGCCAAUGCGACCAAGAUGAGAGGGCGACGGCACCAUCUUUGCUACCAGCAGCUUUCCGGGUCUUGAAAGGUCACUUCACGCCGAACCUACAAACGGUGAAAGUGAAGUUUGACUUUGACCUCGAUAAUGAAGCCAAUGAGGUCUAUCUGGAGUUCGAAUUUUCGGAAGUUGAGGGCUAUACGCGCGUGAGGGAACUGCGAGAGAAAUGGCGGGCGCUUAUGAACGAGACUUGGGAGGCUCUUAUAGCCAAUACUUUCGUCACUGAGCUUAUCCUUGAUUGGUUUCCCCCAAUGUGGACAUCUACAUUUCAUACUGAUGCGUUUCCCCAAUUUCUUAACCAUCUUGAAUCUGCGACAGUCAACAUCUUUGGCUUCGAAGAUUAUUCAGGAGUCCGGACUAAUACAGUGGGAGAAUAUCGAAAAUUUCUCAGCAACAUGGACGCUUUAUUUUUCCACCACAUGAGAGACCUGAAAUAUCUACAUAUCCAGGCUUCAGAUCCUCUCGGCUACGCCAACGGCCACCUGACUUCUAUCCCGCUUGCUUUAAAGCCUGACGAUCUCCCUCUUUUACAAUCUCUUACUUUAGAAAAUUGCUUCGUCUGCCAAGAGUUGAUUUCGUUUAUACAAGGUCAUGCUCAGGUCCUCAAGUUUCUCGACUUAAAUGAGUGCUUCAGCGAACAAGGGUCCGAAGUGACUUGGGCCAAGUUCUUCGAUGAGAUAUAUGAAGCGAAGCCACGCCUUACUGAGCUACUUGCUGGAAGCAACAAGACGCCAUUUCUGUUCGAGGAAAUGCCUUAUUGGGACGAAAACGACGCUGUUCAGCUUAUGCGUCAGAAGUUAGAGGCAGACUCAACACUAAAGAUAUUUAGGCAGAUGCAUCUGGAUCCUGAUGAAGGCAUACUCUCAGUGGAUCAUGAUAGAACUGUCGAGCUAUUUAACCAAGGUGACGAUCAGAGAGCAUACGAUCGCCUAAUGGCACUAGUCAAUGAGAAUAGGCAAAGUCUGACCUAA